UUUUAUUCGCAAAAAGGCCUACAUGAUAAUAUUAUUGUUUAUGUAAAAGGUUUAUUGUGAAGCACUCUAGUGGAGCUUGACAGUCGCAUGGUAAAACACAUUUCAACUCUCUCAAUUUCCCAAAUCUCCCCUCUUUCUCUCUCUAGGGUUUUACUUUCAGCUGUUUGCACGAGAAAUCUCAAACUACUCGAAUCACUUCCAUCAAAAUGGGUGAUGGAGGGGGCAGUUUGGAGGCGAAAAUUGAGUCGCUGCUGAAUGUGGAGAAGCAGAUGAGGCAAGUUGGCGACGUCGCCGGCACACGGAAGGCCGCCACCGAUAUUCUGCAGCUAUGCUUCGAAGCCGGCGCGUGGCAGACACUCAACGAGCAGAUUCUGCUCAUUUCCAAGCGUCGAGGACAGUUGAAACAGGCUGUUCAAUCCAUGGUUCAACAAGCAAUGCAAUAUAUUGAUCAGACUCCAGAUGUUGAUACUAAAAUUGAGCUUAUCAAGACACUUAACAGUGUAUCGGCUGGGAAGAUUUAUGUUGAGAUAGAGAGAGCUCGCCUUAUUAAGAAACUCGCAAAGAUUAGGGAAGAACAAGGACUUAUAGCUGAUGCUGCAGAUUUAAUGCAAGAAGUUGCGGUGGAAACAUUUGGAGCCAUGGCAAAAACUGAAAAAAUACAUUACAUACUUGAGCAAGUCCGAUUAUGUUUAGACCGCCAAGACUAUGUCCGCGCUCAAAUACUCUCAAGAAAGAUAAAUCCUAGAGUUUUUGAGGCAGAUUCAUCAAAAGAAAAGAAGAAGCCCAAAGAAGGUGAAAGCAUUGUUGAAGAGGCUCCUGCUGAUAUUCCAUCGCUGUUGGAGUUGAAGCGGAUCUACUACCAAUUAAUGAUUAGGUAUUACUCUCACAACAAUGAUUACCUUGAAAUAUGUCGAUGCUACAAGUCGAUAUAUGAGAUCCCCUCUGUGAAAGAAGACUCAGCCCAGUGGAUACCGGUUUUGAGAAAAAUAUGCUGGUAUUUGGUCUUGUCUCCUCAUGAUCCUAUGCAAUCUAGUCUUCUUAACUCAACCCUGGAGGAUAAGAACCUGUCAGAAAUUCCUCAUUUCAGGUUGCUGUUGAAACAACUGGUUACCAUGGAGGUUAUUCAAUGGACGGCCCUGUGGGGCACAUUCGAAAAUGAGUUUGAGAAUGAAAAGAACAUACUUGGUGGUUCUUUGGGUGAAAAGGCAGCUGAGGAUUUGAAACUCAGAGUAAUAGAACAUAACAUCCUUGUUGUCUCCAAGUACUAUUCAAGGAUAAGCUUGAAGAGACUUGCAGAUCUAUUAUGCCUCACCGUCCAGGAAGCCGAGAAACAUCUCUCGGACAUGGUCGUCUCCAAGGCACUUGUGGCAAAGAUCGACAGGCCUCUGGGGGUGAUCUGUUUCCAAGCAGCUAAGGACAGCAACGACAUUUUGAACUCGUGGGCGUCGAACUUGGAGAAGCUACUCGACCUCGUGGAGAAGAGCUGCCACCAAAUCCACAAGGAGACAAUGGUCCACAAAGCUGCGCUGAGUUUGAAAAGUUGAACUUGCUUAUUCUGAAAACUUUAUAUUCAGUACGACCUUUUCUUGAUAGGAAAAAAUGGGUACAAAUUAAUCCCUUUUAUUCGGCCUUUGACAUUUUAAUCCUUCUACUUUUCAAGCGAUGCAUUCUUUGUUUUUGAAUCGAAGCAGGCUACUUGUAUGCUUUAUUUCGCAGGUUAAUUAAACGUCACAAAAAAAUUAUCUA